UUUUUACUUGACGAAUCGGACAGCUUUCAUGCCUGAUCCGACAUCGACUUAAACGGUAUAGAACCGGCAUCCUCCGACUGACUCGGUCCAUAGAGGACCCUUCGUUUCGGACACCCCAACACUCCCCUGGUCGGAACAAUCAUGUGCGCUCCUUGGGAGGUGACAUCCUCCCAAGGAGCUGAAGUUAUUCUUGACACAGCACUCACAUUUUGUCUUUAGUUCGGGCAGUCCCUUCGGUAUGCCGAGUCUCAUUGCGCCGCAUCAGUUCACUGCUGCGGCGUGGUCUUCUUGGGGAUGUCCGCUGCGAAGGUACUUUGCUCAGUUGUCGCGGUAAGGUCCAAGACUUGGACCUUUCGACUUGGGUCGACUGUCGGCGUUGCAACGGUGCUUGAGCUAUGCAUGAUACUGCAGCCGUAAGUGUCGAGUGUGACGGCAAACUGCGGGUCGCACCGCAUCAUGGCUGUGAUCGACAGGGGAGUUGACGGCAUUGCGUCAAUUACUAACACUUCUAACUUGAAUAGGGUUGCACCGGUGUUGGCAGUCAACCGCAUGAUCCCCGUUUCGAUCGCGCGGGUUUUGCAGCCGUUGGCGACAAUGACAGUCCGGUCACAAAGCCUCAAGUUGGUCAGACGAGAGACAACCCUAGUCAUGUGGGUCGAUGCCUCAGAAUUAACGAGGACUCGGUCGCGGGGAUCGCCGGCGUGGAAGGCGAAGGAAUUUCCGACGGUGUCACCAUCUUAUCGGUCGCCGAUUGCCGCAAACGUCCAUACUUCCUUGUCGAAGUGUUUAUGGUCCACUUCGAUUAUCACCCCUUCUUGGAGCGACGCUCUAGUUCACAGUGUCCCUUGCGGUUGCUCCAGUUGCAUUUACCAGGCUUGGGAGUCACGGUGUUGAGGACGUGGCCAUCGUUGCUUCCGCUCCUCGGUUUGGUUUGCACGCCUGAGCGUAUGGCGGCUUUAUACUCCGCUUCCAGGAGAACUCUAACGGUGGCUAUGUUCCGA